UGGUGAAAAUGUUUUCCUUAGAUUUCACAUUCUUACACCUUCACCAUCAUCUGAAUAAAAUACUUUGGCUUCUCUGCCAGUGGGUCAGCCUCUUCUGAACCUCUGGAGAUCUUCAAAAAAGUAAGAUCUUCAAAAAUUAAAUAAUGAAAGAUAGCAAGGAGCCAUAUUUUGUGAAGUUUGUAAAAACUCUGGAAAGUUCAGAGUGUUUUCUUCAAGCUCUUGAGUCCAUCAAAGAAUUUCAGUCAGAAGAAUGUCUUCAGAUUCUUGAUAAGGAAGCUGCACUUAGAAUACAAGAGAAUGACAAAUCCCUUUAUAUAUGUGAUCAGUUUAGUGGCAUUGUUUUUUAUCAUCUUCAAAAGCUUGGUUGUAGGAUAGUGGGGCCACAGGUAGUUAUCUACUGUAUGCAGAAUCAACGAUGCGUUCCAAAGGCUGACCAUCCAGUAUUUAAUAUGACAAUGGCUGAUGUAACAAUAUCUUGUACAAGUCUUCCAAAGGAAACAAGGGAGGAAGUCCAUGAAUAUGUACAGUUGAUGGGUGGUCGUGUAUACAGAGAUCUUAAUGUGUUAGUAACCCACCUUAUAGCUGGAGAAGUUGGAAGCAAGAAAUACUUAGUUGCUGCUAAUUUAAAAAAACCCAUUUUGCUUCCCACUUGGGUAAAAACACUAUGGGAUAAAUCACAGCGCAGGAUCACUAGAUACACAGAUGUAAAUAUGGGAGAGUUUCUGUGUCCUCCAUUUCUUGGCUGUACAAUCUGCGUAACUGGUUUAAGCAGCAUGGAUAGACAAGAAGUCCAGCGUCUCACCACUGAGAAUGGUGGUAAAUAUACAGGGCAACUGAAGAUGAAUGAAUGUACCCAUCUUAUUGUUCAAGAAACAAAAGGCCAGAAAUACGAAUGUGCAAAAAGGUGGAAUGUUCAUUGUAUAUCCAUGCAGUGGUUUUUUGACAGCAUUGAAAAGAGAUUUUGCCAGGAUGAAUCAAUGUAUUUGAUAGUUCCUAGCACAAAGCAAGAUAGUGCACCAAGCACUUCAACUCCUACGAGUCAAGCUAGCAAGCCAGACAGUCGAACACUUUCGGAUGUUAGUCAUAUUUCAAAUAUCAACUUAAGUGACAUAAAUGAAACAUCAUGUAGUUCUGUUUUGAAUAGCAGACUGGAUCCUUUGCCUGAUGAGCUGAACAACUUGAAUAUUAGUUCUUUGCAAGCACGUGAGGAUUUACUGGAUGGAUGCCGAAUUUAUCUUUGUGGCUUUAGUGCUAGAAAAUUAGAUAAAAUGAAAAAGCUGAUUAACUCUGGUGGUGCUGUUCGUUUUAAUCAACUAAAUGAAGAUGUGACACAUGUUAUUGUGGGGGAUUGUGAUAAUGAAUUAAAACAAUUUUUGAAGAAGACAGAACGGAGGCCACAUGCUGUGACAGUACAAUGGAUUUUGGAAUGCUUUAAAAAAGGUUAUUUAAUACCUGAAGAGCAAUAUGCCCCUGCAAGUUAUCAACAAGCGAAUAUUCCAUCUUCUGAGCCGCCAUUCAUCUCCAAAAAAAAUAAUAUGUUGAAGAAAGAACAUGUAAAUACUGUGGCGGCUGCAGAUACUGAUGAAGAAUUGCUAUCUCAGUAUGUUACUCAUGAUUCCAAAGUCGUUCAUUUUGUUGACCACCCUGAAAAUGAUCAUACUGUAUUUCAAGAUGGAAAAGAGGUCACAGUUAGAUCCUUGGCUGAGUCUUCUUUAGUUGUUGAAGGAGCCUUAUUCAGUGGAAAGAAGUUUCUCAUUCUUGGUUUUGGCAAAGCAGAUGAAUCUUGCAUAAGAGCUCUGAUUGAAAAGAAUGCUGGGAAGAUUCUGCUCCAGGAAAAAAGAGUAAUUGCUGAUUAUGCUGUGGUUCCUCUUCUGGGAAACAAAGUCAUAUCAACUGUAAAAUAUGUGGUUACAAACACAUGGCUGGUGAUGUGUAUAGAACAACAGACUCUGAUAGAUCCUCAAUCAAGUCCACUUUUCAGCCCAGUGCCUAUGAAGGCAGGAGCCACCCCAUUACAGCAUUUUGUGUUGUCUUUCAGUCAGUUUAGUGGAGCAGAGAGAGAAUCUUUAAUAUGUUUGGCAAAUCAGCUUGGGGCAAGAGUUCAGGAAUUCUUUGUGAGAAGAGCCAACCCAAAGAAAGGAAUGCUUGUCAGCACUCAUCUGGUGCUAAAAGAACCAGAUGGCUCUAAAUAUGAAGCAGCAAAGAAGUGGAAUCUUCCUGCCAUUACUAUGGCUUGGCUAUUGGAGUCUGCUAGGAUGGGAAAAAAGGCUGAUGAAAGCAGAUUCCUGAUUGAGAAUAUUGACAACAAAGAUAAACAAAAGAACCUUACAAAUUCUUCAGAAGAAAUGGAGACAAGUAUUGCACCUACAAAUACACCUGAUUAUCCUAGUAAUGUCCUUGAAACUGGAAAGAUAACAGCAGUGACACCCCUGGAUGUGAAUCGUUUCCAAAGUAAAGCUUUCCAAAGUGUUAUUUCACAGCAUAUUGGUAAAAAUCUUAGCCCUCCAAUUGGAAGCAAAGUAGCACAGAAGGAACCCUCUCUGCAUCUAGACACACCAUCUAAAUUUUUAUCGAAAGACAAGCUUUUUAAACCUUCUUUUGAUGUCAAGGAUGCUUUGGCAGUUUUGGAAACUCCAGAUGGUCCUAACCAAGAAAACACAAAUCUAAGUACUCCUCUUUCAGAAGUCAUUGGCAGGAACUUAAAACUAGCUUUGGCCAACAGCACACGUCAAACAGUUGCUAUCACUGCCAGUCCGCAGCUAAAAGCUCCAAGCUGGCAAAUGGAAGAAGAAUCAAAACCUUUAGCAGAUGUUGUCAUCUGUGUGAGUAAGAAGCUCAGUAAAAAGCAGAGUGAAUUGAAUGCUAUUGCUGCAUCUCUUGGAGCUGAUUACAGGUGGUGUUUUGAUGAAACUGUAACACAUUUCAUCUACCAGGGAAGGCAAAAUGAUAACAACCGAGAAUACAAAUCUGCUAAAGAAAGAGGCAUAUACAUUGUUUCAGAGCAUUGGCUCUUGGAGAGUGCACAAGAAUACAAACGAUUAGCUGAAUCUCUUUAUCCUCAUACAUAUAAUCCUAAAAUGAGUUUGAAUAUUAGUGGUGUGGAAGAUGACAGAUUCUCACAAAGGUUUGAUGCUGCUGGAAAAGAAGGGAAAGGAGACAAAAAUAAUUCACUGAAUGAUAACGAUACAAAAAAAGUUAUUAUUGAUCAAAUAAAUGAGGUUGAACAAAAGGAGCAUGAACCAAAAGGAGUUUUAACACAGACAUUGGAAAUGAGGGCAAACUUUCAGAAGCAGCUCCAAGAAAUCAUGACUGCCACAUCAUUAGCAAAGUUGCAAAGACAAAGGAACUCUUUAUCUCGGAAUGGUUUUGAGAAUUCUCCAACAACUCCAGAUGGACCCCGUUCUGCUCGUAAUGGCCGCAGUAGAAUUUUGGAAGCUUUAAGGCAGUCACAUCAUGGAGCAACUGAUGUCAAUACUGAGCCAUCCCAGAAUGAACAGAUAAUUUGGGAUGAUCCUACGGCAAGAGAGGAGAGAGCAAGGCUUGCCAGCAAUCUGCAGUGGCCUAACAGUCCUUCACAGUAUUCAGAACAAAUUCAAAUUUCUGCAGUGCCCCCAGGAGAACUUUCACUUAGAAAGUCUUUGAGUGAUACAGAAAUUAUUGAAAUGGAGAUUAAUGAUUCAACGAAAAUUGAUUCAGUGGAGGUCACAAGUCUUCUAAUUAGAAAUCCAGAAACACCGAUAAAAGAAGAUCAUCUGAUCCCAACUCCAUUGGCUCCUGCUAUUGCUUUUCCAUUGGCAAAUCCUCCCGUCGCUCCCCAGCCAAAAGGAAAUGUAUGUUCUAUCAUGGUCACUAAAAUUGACCAAAGGGACUAUGAAGAACCAACAAAAAUGCACAGAUUUCAGCUCUCUUCUCUUAAUCCUCAGGAACGAAUUAAUUAUUACCAGCUAAUUGAAGAACUAGGGGGAGUGGUGUUGGAGAAGCAAUGCUUUGAUUCGAGCUGCACACAUACAAUUGUGGGACAGCCUCUUCGCAAUGAGAAAUUCUUGGCAUCAAUGGCAGCAGGAAAAUGGGUGCUUCAUCGUUCCUAUUUGGAAGCAUGCAGAGCAGCACACAGCUUUGUAAAGGAGGAAGAUUAUGAGUGGGGAAGCAACUCUAUACUUAGUGUACUGACUGGAAUCAAUACAGUUCAGAAGAAGUUAGCAGUUGCAGCAAUGAGAUGGAGAAAAACAAUACAACAACGGAGAGAGCAAAACAACUCUGCUGAGGGGGCAUUUGGUGGUUGGAGUGUUAUUUUGAAUGUUGAUCCAGCGAAGGAAUCAGGCUUCAAGCGUCUUCUAGAAUCAGGAGGUGCAAAGGUGUUAUCUGCAUAUUCUCCACCUAUCUUUAGAGAAGUUACUCAUUUUUUUGCUGAUCUUAAUAAAGUAAAGCCAGAAGAUGUGAGAAUUAAUAUAAGAGAGGCUACAGCUCAAGGAGUGAAUUGUCUGAAGCCAGAAUACAUUGCUGACUACCUGAUACAGGAACCACCACCUUCAAUGGAAAACUAUCAUUUACCAGAAGCUUCUGCUUAUCUUCAGAGUAGUAAAAUACUUGGAAUUGGGUUGUCUCAAAAACGUAAAGCUGCUGAAGCAAAGCAUACAGCAAAGAGGUCCAGAAUCCACUGAGGCAACUAAUCUGAAAAUAUAAAAUUUCUAUUUCUAUUUGUUUUCCUUUUCAAGAUAAAAGAUAUUAAUUUUCGUUAUAUUUUUGUGUGUCUUGGAUUUCAAGAAAUAAUAACUGCAACUUUUUCAAAAGUAAACUUCUGCAACUUUUAUUAGAGGUUUGGAGGAGGCCACCUAAUGUAACUUUUGCCUGUGUUUGUCUUUUCUUAUUGGUUUCCACAAGACAAUUAUAUAAUGUUAUAUAACAUUUAUAUAGGUUGCUAUAUCAGUUUAUAUUAGGAAAGGACAUAGCCCCAUUGAAGUUUUUCCUGCUUUUAUAUUUCAUCUUUCCUUUUCUAAAAACAUGCACUUUAGCGUUAGCAGGAUUUUCUUUUCAAUGGAGAGAAUGGUUAAGCUUCUCUAAAAAGAUAGAACAUUAUCUUCUAGACCAAGGGUCAUCUGAUUUUUAAAGUUAAACAGAAUUCAGAAUUGCCUAACCAAAAUUUCAGACUUUAUUUCGUUUCCAAAUAACUUGGCUUAUAAAUUAUAAAGCUCUAAUUUUGACAUUUAAAGUAUUCUCCCAGUUCUUUCAUUUGUUAAAUCAAUGUUUUAAUAAGGAAUCUGUAUGCAGAAAGUAUCAGCCACAUCUGAGACAGUUUAAAUUGGACUUCUAUUCAUUUAUAUCAUUAGCAGUAGUGGAAAUAGCAAGAUUUCAAGUAUCAGCUACUUUGCAGAAACGAAGGAGAUCAUUCACUGUCUCCUUUCAAAAUUCUAUUGGGUUUUCGCUUUUCAAAAAUGAUUUCAAAAAAGUGCAAAUGAGAAAAAAAACAGAAUUUCAGUAUUUGGAAACUUGGAAAUUUAGAUUACAUUCUUUAAUAGUAAAACUAACUCUCAACCUGAUGUUUGCUAGUUUUGUUUUUAAAGAAACUACCUGGUAUCUACAGUAAAUAAACAACAGAUUUGAUGUAAUAUUGAAUAGUUGCUAAUUGAUACAAGGAUCUUUUCUCAGGCAAUAUAAUUGAUGAAGAUAACAUUACUUUUGUCUUGAAAGAGCAUAACAGAAGAUUUCUACAAAAAGAAUAACAAACUGAAUGUAAGUUUAUUCAUUCAGAGAGAGUACAAAAAUGAUAAUUCGUCUCAUCCAUGCAAAUCCCAAGAACCUUAUUAAUACAAUUAUAUCUGCACAGUUAAUCACACAGAACCAAAAAGAGAUGUAUAAAGUUUGAAAACUCAACCAUGCCUUUUUGGAAAGUUCAUUAUUACAUUAUCAUUAAUAUAUGUGUAAAGAACUUUACUAUAGUAGUGGUAAAAUACUGUUAAAUAAAACCAAGUUAAAUAUUU